AUGUCGUCUUCAUUUCUUUUCAACGGCUCAUCUUUAGACACCGGUUUCGCUGAUGAUGUUGCUGGCGGUGACGGUGGUGGUUGUGGUGGUGGUGGUGAUAAUGGUGUUGUUUGUAAACUUCCAUCACUCUUCAGUGUGGUUGGCGUUUCCAAUGUUCAUCUGUAUUUGAUGUCGUUACUGCUGUUGAAGUCGCUGCUGUUGUUGUUGUUGUUUUCUUCUGUUGCUGUUGUUGUGUUGUUUUCUUCUGUUGCUGUUGUUGUUGUUGUUGUUGUUACAGUUGUUGGCAUUGUGGUAGUUGUUGUUGGUGUUGUAGCUGUUGCUGUUGAUUGCGAAGUGGUGGUACUUGUUACCGGCAUUGCAGAUGUUGUUUCUGUUGACGUUGUAGUUAUACUAGUUGUUGUCGCAGACGUAGUAUUAGAUGCUGCUGUUGACGUUGUGGAAGUGGUUGUUGUUGGUAUUGUAGAUGUAGUAGUAGAACUUGUUGGUGUAAUUGUUGUAACAGUGGUAUUUGCUGCUGGUGUUGUAGCUGUAGCAGUAGUUGUCAUUGUUCCUGUCGUCAUUGUAGUUCUUGUGCUCAUCGUAUUUGUAUCUGAUUUUCUUCUCACCGCUUUCUCCAUAAAAGCUCUAUUUCCAGGCUUGCUCCAAGCUAAAAGUGCGUAA